AUUUUUUUUGGCAGGCGAGAAAAAACCCAGAGAAUUAUAUAAAAGAAGAAGAGAAGCGGGGGACCCUCACCGUCGCUCCCCUCCCUCUCCCGCAUCUCCGGUCCCUUCCUUCCAGAUCCGAAACUCCAAACCCUAGGGGAGCUCGAAGCAGGACCAGAAGGAAGAAGACGAAUCUUAUCCCGAAUCCACCUUUGAUCGACCUCCGAAAGUGAUCCGACUCGAUUGGAUAGCGUUCGGAGGUGUUCUGUCAUCGGUGUCGGGAGUUUUGUUCUCCGAGAUGGCCGCCCAGCAGACGACCGCCGCCACCGCCGCCGCCGCCGGAUCUCCCCCCUCGGCCCAAGUGGUCGGGAACGCUUUUGUCCAGCAGUACUACCAUAUCCUUCACCAGUCGCCGGCACUGGUGCACCGGUUCUACCAGGAGAGCAGCAAGCUUGGACGGCCUGAGGCCCAUGGCGCCAUGAGCUCAGUCAUCUCCAUGCAAGCGAUCAACGAGAAGAUACUGUCGAUGGACUUCCACGGAGCGGAGAUCAAGACGGUCGAUGCCCAAGAUUCGCUCAACGGCGGGGUGCUCGUCCUUGUGACGGGUUAUGUCACUGGGAUGGACAAUGAUAGGCGGGACUUCACCCAGUCCUUCUUCCUGGCUCCCCAGGACAAAGGCUUCUUCGUUCUGAAUGACAUAUUCAGGUAUGUUGGAGAGGCCGAGCACCAACAGGGAGGCCAGGGUCUAGCGAAUGGCGCUGGUGCCCCUCUUUCACCGGGGCAAGAUUCCCCUCCACAACAUGAGCAGCAUGUUCCGGAGCAAGACGUGCCACCACCAGAAGAAGAGGAAGCCAAUGAGGAGGAAGUGUACAACCCUUCGGACAAUGGGGAGGAUUCAGUUGUGGAGGAGGCCCCAGUUUGUGAGGUGAUUGAUGAAGGCCCAAACAGUUCUCAGGCAGUGGUGGUUGAUGCAACUGCAGCUAUUAUCCAAGAGGAGGCACCAAAAAAAUCAUAUGCUUCAAUUGUGAAAGUCAUGAAAGAUAAUGCUGCUCCAUUAUCAGUUCCAACAUCUGUUUCUGCUAGGCCAGCACCUGCUAAACCAGAACGUCAGGCAGGCCCUGCUUCUAUGCCAGCUACAGCACUUGAUACUCCUGCUGCCAGUUCUAGUGCUGGUGAAGGCAGCAGCGUACAAGAGGCAGAAGGUGAUGGCCAUUCAAUAUAUGUAAGAAGUUUGCCAUUGAAUGCUACACCCGAUCAGCUUGAAGAGGAGUUCAAGAGGUUUGGUCGUAUUAAACCUGGUGGUAUACAAGUUAGAAGCCAUAAGCUUCAAGGGUUCUGUUUUGGUUUCGUGGAGUUUGAGGAGGCUAGUGCAGUCCAAAGUGCAAUAGAGGCUUCACCUAUAGUGAUAGGUGGUCGCCAAGCUUUCGUGGAGGAAAAGCGGACGAAUGGUUCACGAGUUAAUAACAGAGGAAGGUUUGGACCUGGCAGAGGGGGUGGAUUCCGGAAUGAUGGAAUGAGAGGGCGUGGCAACUAUGGUGGUGGGAGGGGUUAUGGUAGGGGGGAUUUCAAUAACAGACCUGAUUUUGGAGGCAGAGGUGGUGGUAGAGGUCGUGGAGCUGAUGUUGGAUAUCAAAGGGUUGAUUACAUGGGAUCAAAUGGUGGCCGUGGAAGCCGUCCUGGAUCUUCAGCUGUCAGUUCAACCAAACAUUGAAUAAAGGAGCUGCUCACCCUUGGAAUUUCGGUUUCAAAGUUGUCAUCCAUUUGAUCCUAAUGUUGUUUGGGUUGAAUGCAUCUAGCACCCUUUUAUUUUUUUCCUAUUGUUUCCACAUGAGAAUAUGAGAAGCUUGUCUAUAGAUUGUGAGGUCUCUCUAGGUUUUUCCCCCCACUAUUUUUGGCUGCCAUGAGAAAGCAUCGUGCAAUUGGUUGGUUUUGUAGAAUAUGAAUGUUAUUGGAACAUAGCUUUACUGCUAUAAGUAGCUGACUUUUCUGUUUCAAUUUAGAACCUUUAGUAUUUUAUCUCCUGAUUCUUCUGACCAUUGAGCCUUAUGAUAUAAUUUUCCCUAUCCACUUUGGGUUCCUGAACGACUGGUUGACUUGUAUUGGGAUUUUGGUGAAGUGAUAAGAAUGAUGAUUUGUUCUGAAUUGUUCA